AUGACCUUUGCAAUCGCCAUGCUCAUCGUUGCUGAUUCGGAUGAGACCGUCAGGGCAGAGCUCGACGCGCAGGAGAAGUGCUUCCUUCUUCAAGUUAUGGAAGGAAUUGGGGACCUGCUGCCAGAGAUCGACAUUGGCUUCUUCGUCGGUGUGCACUGCUGCAUGUUUCUAACUCCGAGCGCAGUCUGCGGUCCUCCUGGCACGCUGAGAAGGAUCUGCAGCAAGGUGCACUACUUGCACACCAAGGCCUUCAAGAUGAUGGAGUGGGACGUGGAAGAAGCCGCAGAGCUGCGGGAGGUGAGCAUCGCACUGCAGCAGGCUGCCGUGUCCAUGGUCGAGUCUCUCGAGCUACUUGUGCAGGAAGCCCUGUGGUACGUCGAUGAAGAGUGUGACAUUCUGAAAGACUUCCUGUUGGCAGACGCCAGAACCUUCAUUGCACGCCCACGCCUGCAGCACGUCCUCAGGGACAUGUGGCAUCCGGACUACGAGCGCGAAGACAUUUGGGACAAAGUCUUGAAUCAGAUGUGGCUCUUCGUCUCCACCUUCUGCGGCUUAAUGGUGGUCAUGAUCCCCACUCUGCUCUAUCCGGACUUGGAGCGUUUGUGGUACCGAUCUGUGCUGCAGAAAGAUCUCGACAUCAGACACAUCGAGGACCUGAAAGGACAGGAUGUCAAGGUGGCUGGCACCGUGGAGCGUCCUGCAGCAACAAGCGACGCCAAGAAGCAAGCCGGAAGCGAGGUGGAUGCCGGAAGAGCGUGCCCCCACUCUGUGGCCAACUUCUGGGAAGCCGUCGUGAAGAGUCUGGAGAUCCAUCUCGCAGUCGACUUCGACCGGCAGGUCUUUUCUGGAGAGUGCAAGCUUGUUGUAGAGAAGUUGCAAAGCGGGGUGCGCAAGGUCCUGCUGGAUGUUUUGGACUUGACGAUACACAGCAUCACCGAUGCACAUGGCAACUUGGUUCAGUGGGAGGUGCAGACACCCGAAGGUUCCAGAGCCAAGUUUGGCAAAGCCUUGGUGGUAAGCCUGCCGCAGGAGGACACAUCAUGCCAGCUCUGUGUGCGUUAUGAGACAACUGAGAAGAGCACUGCCAUUCAAUGGCUCACCAGAGAGCAGACAGCUGGCAAGAGAUACCCUCUCUGUUUCACCCAGAGCUGCGCGAUUUGUGGGAGAUCCUUCCUUCCUUGUCAAGACACCCCAUCCGUGAAGGCUACCUUCUCUAUUCACGUCACCGUCCCGGUGCCGCUCGUGGCUGUGGCUUCAGGUGAGCCGCUGGGUGAGCCCAAAGAAGCGCAGGGCCUGCGCACCUUUGCCUACGCCCAAAAGGUGCCGGUGAUGUCCUACUUGAUUGCGGUGGUCGUCGCCAACUUCGAGUCGCGCGUGAUCGGCCGGAAGAGUCGCUGCUACGCUGAGCCGGCCGUGGUGGAGGCAGCUCAGCAGGAGUUCACUGACAUCGUGGACGUGUUCUUAGACACAGCACAAGAGGUCGUUGGUGGUGCUGACUACGAGUGGGGUAGCUACAACGUAGCAAUCCUACCCUCUUCUUUUGCUUACGGCGGCAUGGAGAACCCGAACUGCACUUUCAUGAGCGCUUCGCUACUUCCAGGUGACCGAAGUCUCACCCCCACCCUGGCGCACGAGAUUGUACACUCGUGGAUUGGCAAUCUGGUGACGAACGCCUACUGGAAAGAUUUCUGGCUGAACGAGGGCUUUACCCGCUACAUUGAGAGGCGCAUACUCGGCAAGAUUCAUGGAGCUGCAUAUCGCGGCCUGCUUCUGAUGGUUGGGUACAACGACCUGGUGAAGACUGUCGACAUGCUCAACAAGCAAGGAAGCUCUGGGCUCACGCGCCUAGAGCCUGAUAUUGGCGAUAUAGACCCAGACGAUGCAUUCUCCCGGAUUCCUUACGAGAAAGGCUCCCUCUUUCUCUUCUACUUGGAGCAGCUUGUCGGUGGGGAGGAGUCCAUGACCAAGUACCUUAGAUCUUACAUCGAAACGUUCAGAGGCCGCAGUAUCCAAACAAGUGAGAUGAAGGCUCACUUCCUGGAGUUUUUCAAAGAGGUGCAGAAAAUAGAGGAAGUUGACUGGGAGUACUGGCUGCAUGGUGAAGGCCUGCCAAGCUUCGAUCUUACUGCCCACGUUGACAGGACCUUGCUGGAGCAGAGUCGCUCGGUGGCUGACAGUUGGCUGGCAGAGACGCCGCAAGGUUUGGAGAUGAUGUCCAUGAGAGCUCAGCAAGUGAUGCUUGUGCUGGACCACCUGAUCAAUGCUUUGGCGGAUGGGAAGAGGCUUUCACAUCAAAAGCUCGCUGCCAUGGAUGGACAGUCUUACUUCUCCAAGACCCGGAACGUGGAGAUUGCUUUCAGGUGGUGCUUGCUCGGCUGCCGCAGCGAGUGGCCCGGGUGCUUGGAGGCCACGGAGCACUUCCUUGGCAGCCAUGGCCGGGGCGUCUACGUGAAGCCGCUGUAUGUGGCCCUGAAGGCUUUUGAUGGUGCCAGGGCGAAGGCCGUGUUCCGCAGAAACCGCAAGUUCUACAUGUCUCUUAUCUCCAAGCAGGACGUCGAUGCCAAGAAGGUGUCGCUGUUCACCGGACAAGUAUCGAAGCAGGCCACCCAGAAGAUGUCCGCAAAGCAGAAGAAGCAUCUGGAGGAUGAAAGGCGGAUGUCCCAGAGAAAGGCCCUGACCAGACUUUGGCUGGAUUUCGGUCGAGCCAUUCUGCUGCCGCGGCAGAAGAAGUACCUGGCCAUCGUGACGAACCUGGCCUUCUUAGUGGCCCUGGUGUACAUGGAGCCGACAGACUUUUACAUCAGCUGCUGGGAAUGUCAGGAUUUUUUCGGGGUUGCGCCUUUUUCCAGAGCGAUACUCCAAGCGAUAGCCCUGCGAUACCCAUUUGGCCACCCGCAGUACUGGGCUAAGGCCCUGGCCCAGGUUGAGAGCUUCAAGUUUAGGUUUUGGAUUUCUGAUUCGAGCUGCGAGAGCUCCAGCUCCUAG